AUUAUAAAUUCUCUAUUUCCAUAUUUUGGCAGAGAGAAAACCUGUUUUACAGAAAUCUAGUCGAAUCGGCGUCUUUCUUGCUCUUAAGUCUUAACACCUUUGUUGGCGGCUGCUUUGGGAUUAACGCCAAACGAGAGAAUCCCCCCUCUAAAUCCAUCAAUGGUACGUUUGCAGUUGGAUCCGUUUCUUAGUGAAUUAACUACCAUGUUUGAGCAGACUACCGAGAAAGGCUCUGUAUGGGUUACUCUCAAACACUCGUGUGACAAGUCUGCCGUGCAAAUAAAUAAGAUGAAGAGUGCUGGUAAAGUUCCGGAGUACAAAUGUCUUGUUAGGGCAACUGAUGGAAAGAAGAACAUAUCUACAUUGGUCGGAACAAAGGAUCAUCAGCGCUUUCAAGCAUCUUAUGCUACUAUUUUGAAGGCCCGCAUGACAUCUUUGAAAAAGAGAGAGAAAAAGGACAAAAGAAAGGCCACGGAUACCGAUAAAAAGCAAGGAGUCUCAAAGAAACGUGCUGCUACCUCCAAGCCAUAAUGAUAUAUUGGAGUUCAUGGUCUAGCAUACAUCUCAUUUAAAAUGUUUCCUUUUGUGCUAAUUUGUGAAAGAUAGUGUUAUAUUUUGCCCCUCACCCAUGCUUCCCUUUGAAGAAUCAUCGAUACAAAUCGGUAUAUUGUCGGGUGGAUAUUCAGGUUCUUUUACAAGUGAAUAUUUGCUGGGCAGAUAUUUAUCAAAUGCAGAUUACGUGACUCUA